AUGGCUUACUCCAUCAACGUUUACCCGCCUUUUACGAGUGUGACGCUAGUUGAAGGGGGGGGGACUCGCUCGAAAAAAGAUCCGAUCUGGGUUUGCUCACCACACGUCGACAAUGAUGUCAACGUGACGGAUGCCGAUGUCGAUACGAUCGAUUUCUAUGAUGAUGACGACGAUGCUGGUAUAUUCAGCAUCGACAAUGACUGCCAAAGUGAGGACGAUGACACCCUCACUGGUGAAGACAACGUUCUAACAGCAGUGCACACGAAGCGCACUGCUGUUGACAAGGAUGAAUCAGCAGAGGAAUUUCUGCUGACUCGCGAAGCGGUUGUCCGCUUCGUUCAAGACUCUAUUGCAGAUGCACUAGACAGACAGAAGAGAAACGCAGAUUAA